GGGGAGGGAGGAAAGAUGGGGGGGGGCGGCGGCGGUUCGCGAUGAAGAGCGGGAGCGCGUGAGCGAGCGGGGGAGGGGGGGUGGGAGGGAGGCUGGGGGGGGGGGGACCGGAGCGCGAGCCGCAGGGGCGGAGGGAGGGGGGCGCGAGCGAGCGCGGCGGGCGGCGGUGGCGGCGCGAGAGCAGUGGGGCCCGGCAGCGGCGGCGGCUGAGACGGCGGCGGCGGAGGGAGAGAAGAUGGCGGAUGGCGACAGCGGCAGCGAGCGAGGGGGCAGCGGGAGCGGCAGUGGCGGGGGCGGCGGGCCCGGCGGCGGCGGUGGUGGUGGCGGCGGCUUCCAGCCCCUAUCCCGUGGGGGCGGCGAGCAGGAGACCCAGGAGCUGGCCUCGAAGCGGCUGGACAUCCAGAACAAGCGCUUCUACUUGGACGUGAAGCAGAACGCCAAGGGCCGCUUCCUGAAGAUUGCCGAGGUGGGAGCGGGCGGCUCCAAGAGUCGCCUCACGCUUUCUAUGGCCGUGGCCGCCGAGUUUCGAGACUACCUGGGCGACUUCAUCGAGCACUACGCACAGCUGGGGCCCAGCAGCCCUGAGCAGAUCGCGGCGGCCGCAGCAGCAGCGGGCGCCGAGGACGGCGGCGGGCCCCGGCGGGCGCUUAAGAGCGAGUUCCUCGUGCGGGAGAACCGCAAGUACUACCUAGACCUCAAGGAGAACCAGCGCGGCCGCUUCCUGCGCAUCCGCCAGACCAUCAACCGCGGGCCCGGCGCGGGCGGCGGCUUCGGCGGUGGAGGCGGGCCAGGACCUGGGGGAGGAGGCCUGCCGAGCGGCCAGACCAUCGCGCUGCCCGCGCAAGGCCUCAUCGAGUUUCGAGACGCGCUCGCUAAGCUCAUUGACGACUACGGCGGAGACGAUGACGAGCUGGGCGGCGGGCCUGGCUAUGGGGAACUGCCCGAAGGCACGUCCAUCACGGUGGACUCCAAGCGCUUCUUCUUCGAUGUGGGCUGCAACAAGUACGGCGUGUUUCUGCGGGUGAGCGAGGUGAAGCCAUCGUACCGCAACGCCAUCACUGUGCCCUUCAAGGCGUGGGGCAAGUUCGGAGGCGCCUUCUGCCGCUAUGCCGACGAGAUGAAGGAGAUCCAAGAGAGGCAGCGCGACAAGCUGUACGAGCGCCGCGGUGGCGCCGGGGACGAGUCCGAGGGUGAGGAUGUGGAUGACGACUGAAGCUGGGGUAGCCUCCCCCAACCCCUACCCCCCUCCGAACAGCAACACCCACGCCCCCGCCCAGAAAUCCCUACCCGCCAGAAUGACCCCCUUCCCAUUUACCCCGUAUAGCUGGGGCCUAGGAAGGGAGCGAAGGGGAGGCCCCCAGAGAAACAAACCAACAAUAACAAGCAAUGCUAAUUAAAGAAAUAACCACCAGGAAACUUGCGGACAACUAGAAGAGAGCGGCAAGUUCAAAGGAGCUGACACCGACCUGAGAGGUGAGGAGAAAUCGCUCCUUCUCACCUGAGAGAAAUAGCCUCAACCCCGCCCCCCCUUUCACCCCCCUGAGCUAUCGACCUCAUCCAAGAUUACAUCCCCGCUGGCCUUUGACCUGGAGGUAGAAACAUGUUUAAAUUGCCCAGAGCACCCACCCAAGGAUAUUUGAUUUUGAGUUGUGUUGUUCCUGGCCUGCUUAAAUCGGUUUUAUAAUUCUUCGCGUUGGCCCCCCGAUUCAGUGUGGAAUCCCUUCACCUUCUUUGAAACCAGCAUCUUGGUAUCUAAAUCUUUGCUUAAGUCCAUGAAGAUAAGGGAGAGAGGCAAGCUACCCAUUUCCGAAGGUGCAGGUCCAUAAAGGGAAAUACAAAUUUAAAGAUACAUAAUCAUGGACUUACUGGGCAGAAAUAAAUUCAAAAGCUCUUGGGGGGAAAUAUGGAAACCAAUUUGGAUUUUAAAAUAAGGUUUUGGAGGGAACCUGGACCAAUGUCUAUUGUCUUUUUCUUUGCAGAAUUUCCCCCCUCCCCCAUGCAAACUGAUGGAGAUAUCAGUGUUUGAACUGGAAUCCAUUACUAAAAUAGUUUUGAAGUUGGCAAGGUUUCUGAAGAUUUUAAUGGACAUUUUUAUAUUGGGGAGGGGGGGUUGCAUAAGAAGAAAUCAGGCAUAAAGCACAAGGAAAACUGUUUGAGUGGAUUGGUUGCUACUCACUAAAGUUCUUCCCCUUCUCUCCAAAUAUGGAGGUUAUUAUAAAGAAAUGGCUUAGGUAUGAAGAAAUGAGAGCCAGCUUUCUUAUGGCUCCAAAAGUGUAAGCCUGUGAAUAGUAGAUAAAUUCAGCAAUUCCAUUCAAUGGCUGACUGGAUUUUAAACCAUAACUUGCAUGAUAUCAGCAAAAAGAAACAUGUGGCUACAAGCCUGAGCUUUGAAAGAAUGACUGACAUCCAUACAAAAGUUGGAAAUGAACAAAACUGAAGCCUCCAUUUACCUUCAGUUUAAUCUAUGGACUUGUUCAAAUAACAUCCUCAGGUCCAGAAUUUCCAGCAUCAGUUAUUCUUUUACAAGAAUUUUUAAAGGAGAACUUGAUCCAUUUUAUCAGUACCUCACAAUCAAAGUUGGCACAUGAUGGAUGGAUGAUUCAGAGCAGCAGGCCUAAUGGAAGCUGAAAUCCAUCACUAAAAGGAGCUGAAGUGAAAAUGAAUAAGCUGACUAUACCAUGGAAGCUUUUUUAUACCAUCUUGAAAUUUCAACAUAAACUGGCUUCUGCCAGUUCAUCUUAGCUGUCUUUCAAGAAUAAAAGUUGGGGUUUUCAAGGAUCACCUCUUCUAUAUUUUAAAUGGAUUCUCUCUAUAAAUGGUUUUUAACUAAUCACGUCAAUCCUAUCCCCUUCAAAAAAGGUAUUUCUAGAAAUGUUAAUGUAUCCUAGGUAACUUUGAACUGAAUGGGAUCUAAACUGUUCAUUCCAAAGUUUUCAGGUAUUACUUGUGCAAGACCUUCUCAUACAGGAGGCAGGUAACCCCACCUCCACAAUCUUCUUAGUAUUUUUAAACUGCAUGCCUGCCCUUUAUUUGAGCUGCCUUUUUAAUUUAUUGCAUACCCUUUUUAUUACCUUAUUUUGGUAUUACUCAAUCUAUACUCUUUUGUUUUGUAUUUAUUGGAAAAUUAGGAAUAUACAAAAGGUCAUUCUUAUGCAUUUGUGGCUGAGAGGGAGGGAGAAGAUAUUUUGCAUACAAUUUUGGCUAUUUUAAAAAAUUGGAUUAUCCAGAAUAUUGAUAAUCACAAGUUAAAAGUACAAGAGCCACAAAAACGUGUACUUGAGCCCUUUUAAAACAAAUUCUCUCUUCCCAUCAUCCACAACAGACUUUUUAAAAAGAUUUUUUAAAAAAAGUUUUUGUUUAAUUUUUCUCCGUUGCAAAGAAUGUUUCCUAAAUUGUAUGGGAGCAAUAGUAUUUUUUGAUGUUUUAAUUACAUCCGUAUUCUUGUACUGUAUUUUGUACACAAGGCAGCUGUUUUCAAUAAUGUCCUGCUGUAUUUACCUUUGUAUUUUGUUUGAGUGUGUUUAGUUCUUUGCUGCGGAGAACAAGUCCCAAAAUAAUGUUUGAAUAGAACAGCUUUAGGGUUGCAGAAAACUGCUUUAAGUAAUUUCCAACAUUUGAGGCAGCAAUGAAAAUUAAGGUUGCAGCCAUUAGUGUAUAUUGCUGUAACUUUUUCAUUUUCAAACCAUAUACAAUUCUUGUAUAGACCAACUUGUUUUGUUGCUUCAGUGGUGAUCGUGUUGCUCAGCUGCUGUGAGCCAAUUCGAUUUUGCAAAGGUGCAGUACUUCUCCUUUUCAAGGGGUUGUUUUUUUGUUUUUGUUUUUUGUUGGGGUUUUUUUUUUGGCUGAAUUGCAGUAACUAGCCUUGCCUUUCUACUCUGUAGAACUGACAGGGUCUUCACAAUCCUUUACCCGUAGCUAUUAAGCUAUUAUUAGCUGCAUAGGAAGUAUGUGGAAGUGGACAGAGGCAUAUAUAGAGUGUAUGCCAAGAACACUACCAUAUACGGCAUCAGCUUUGGUAACCAGAGAAAUUUUCUCUUAGUCAUUUGACCAUAUAACAGUGAUGUGUCGUGCAAAAAAUCUUUAGUAAUCAAUCUGAGAAUCCUCCAAAAAUAGGAGCAAAGAAUGCAUAAGCUAUGUGUUGGAAGAAGUAAUUUAUAUUAAAACUCUGGCCUGCCUGGAUAAGACUAGUUAAAUGUCACCAUGGUGGGUUUUUAAGUCUUAACCAAUCUUGAGGAUUUGUUUUUCCCCACAGGGGGUGGUUCAUGGCCUUUCUUCCUACUGCAGGAAGACUGGGAUCCAGUCUAGCAACAGAAGGGUAUGGGUUAAUUGUUCACUGAUCGUCAUUCCUGUCCUUUGGGACUAUAGAAAUCUGCAGAAUAUAGGGACUACACUUUUGGAAAUUUUUUGCUAUUAGAUAUGGCUGUAUUAACCAAGAAGAUGCUUCUAAGGACCAUUCAUAAAUAUUUACUUUUGGAAGCCUAUGGUCAUUGUUAAAUUUAGUUGGAGAGAGCAGCAUUGUACUAACUACUGUGUGGGAAACAAACCUGGUUGUUUUGGUAUUUUACCAGUGCUAUAAGCACUUGUAUUUUUUACUUCAUUGAGCAUCUCUGUAUUCGCACACUCAGAAUUACCACAUGCUAAAUCAUCUUUUCAAAUGAUGAAAGGUUUGUUCCUCACACUACUGUUUUCUCAGCAUGUUUCAGUGUGGAGUUAGUGCAGCUUAUGCAAAUUAGAAACAAUAUUAGCAACAAAAGCAAAAGAACAAAAAUCUAUAAAUAUGUCCUUAUAUUCUUGAUUUCUAUUGUCUAUAUUCAUCAUUCAGCCAAUGGAAUGACAAUUCCAGUCUGCAAACAUGUCAAUGCAUCUGCUGUACAAAAAGAAAGUCUGUAUGGCACCAAAAAAACAAAAACAAAACAAAACAAAACCAAAAAACCAGACACCCUAUGUAAAUAUUUGAGGCAUGUAGGUGGCAUAAGUGAUUGUAGCUAUAAUGUAUACAUAGCUACUAGUCAACACAAUUUUUAUAAUUAAUACAGAAUGAUUCUGAGGGUCUGUGGAUUCAGGCAGUCUUUAAAACCUCCUGCUUUGUUUGUUACCUAUGGAUCACUUUGCAGCAAAUUACAGGUCUUUUAAGAGAUUUGGGCUUCAGUUUCCUCCCAAAAAAACCAAACUACAUUUAUCCUGUUUUUUUAUUUGAAAAUGUGCAGGGUAAUGGGCAAAAAAGGCUGGUUACAAUAAUGCCCUCAUAUUGAGUGGUCUGUUAAUGACUGCACACUUCAGGCAUUGUAAUAGCUGAAGAUGACUUGUUAAAUGUGACCUUUCCCCAAAGUUACAAAGAUGUAGAAUGAUCUACACAAGGUAUUAAAAAGUGACUUCAUUUCCAUCUACCUUGCUCUUUAGAGAGUGGCAGUUAAUGAAUUUAGGGGGAAGCUUGAGUGUAUAGCUCAUGCACAUAAGUAUUCUUAACUGUACGUUUUGUUUUUAUUUUUAACCAGAUUAUGGUACUUUAUCAAAUGCACAACUAAUCUCUCAGUAGAUAUUCAUUUGAAAAUAGUGUGGCCUUGAUCAGUGAGAAGGGGAAGAGACUUGUUUUUUGCCUAUGUAAAAAAAUGACUCAUUUGCUGGGAGUCAUAAUUCUCUAAUAUUUUUGUGGUAGGUCUCCUUUUGAUCAGGAAAAAAUAAAAUUUUUUUGUGUUCAUUUAGGUAUUAAUUACAUUCAAUUGUCUGUUGUUUUUAGGGACUGUCAGAAUUGUUCUGAUGAAUAUCAAAGUGUGACUGCUUUGAUGUCCAAUCUCAGGUUUUAAAACAUAGUGGUGUAAAACCCCACUGGUUACUGGCAAAACAAUUUUAUUUUAGAAUACCUUAAAGCUCACAUAUAUCUGGCCUGUUAGACAGCAGAGCCUCCAUCUUGUUGCUCUUUUCCCACUUUCUACUGGAGUCUGAUACUUCUAUGGCUUGAAAGUAUCAAAAAAUUUUCACAUUGUAUAUUUCCAUUUUAACCCUUGUAUAUUUUCUCAAAGGCAAAGCACUUUUGGUCACGUUAAUACAUUGAUUAUUUGUGUUAUGUGGACCGUGGCUUCUCAGGCUCCCCUAAAUCUGCUUAUUAAGAUGAUUGUUCUGACUGUGUCUUUUGGUAAAGUGGAAAUCUUUGCUAAUGUUCAGAAAGUUUGUAUUGGUCCUGAAAGCAUUUGCUAGCUUCCAGUGAAUGCAGUAAUAACCAAUCCUGUGUUCACAACUUAAUAAGUUACUUUCCCUUGAGCCUUAAGGUAACUCUUUUUUUGCUGUCAAUAGCAGCAUUAAAGUUGUUGCUCUGUAGAAAAUGAGACUAUCAGUUGUCAGGGUUGAUUUUUAGAGUACUGUAAGUCGAUUAGCUGUCUUCCUGAUAAGUUAAUUCUUCCAUCAAGUAGUAGUGGAGUUGUUUGGUUUUUAUUUUAAAGAAAGGGACAAAAAGCACACUUUGGACUACAGGUAGAGAGAAAAUUAUAUCAUAUUUUGGAUUUGUUUGGGUUUUUUUAGCCCCAAGCAAGAACUUUAAAAUUCCUAAUUAUAUAUAACUGCUUUAUAUUUGAACAAAAGAAAUAAAAUCCUAGCACCCAAAAAAGUUAGACUCCUGAAUGUUCUUGAAAUCAUCUAAAAACUUCUUGUGUUUUGGGGGUGUGGUGUUCUUUGCUAAAUUAUACUUAAUUAACACCCACCUUCCUUAAUCUUUGGCACCAGACUCAGUUUUAUUACUUAAAGAUUUAGAUGACUCACCUUCCACAAAACAAGGUCUAAUUCCUCACACUCAAAAUUAAGGUUCCAACAUGUAGAAUUUUAACACAGUUCCCAAAUACUGUCUGUGCCCCUUGUCUAAAGGCUUGUACUAUUUUCCUGUAUAUUUCAUGAAGAAAUGGUAGGGAACAAAGGCAAGUCAUUUUUUUUAACUUAAUCUAUGUAACUUCAAACCAAAAAUAGCUUUUUUAGCCCUAUAUCUAAAAUUGUUAUUUAUAUUGCUCUUUAAAAAAUUCCAUCAUUCAAUCAACUCAAGUUAUUCAGGGCCUGAUUUUCCUGUUGGCAACCUGUGCCAGCCCUUUACUUCUCUCUUCCAGCCUUUUGGUUAUUUGACUGCUUUAUUAGUGCCUCCACUGGAGGGUGGAUGGAGGAAGGAAAAGGAGAGGAAACUUUAAAUCUCUUCAUUUUAUCCUAUUAGUGAUUCUAGUAAAAGGACUGGUGAAAGUAUGGUGAAGCUUUUAGAUAAAAUAAGGUUUUUGCAUAAUUGGUUUUCUUUUUCCUAUUAAUGACAUCUGUUGACAUGGAGAGUUCAUUAUGCCUUUUAAUUUAAGUGGAAUCUCACUCAAAUGUUAAUUAACAUUUAAUAGUUUAAAGUGGAAGAAGUAGAAAGAGAUGUUUAAUGCAAAAUUUAGUAGCCUUUAAAAAAAAGAUUUCUAAACAUUUUUCUCCUGGGCUCUGCCACAUCCCUUUUGCUAAAGAUAGGCUAAUUCUUCAAAGCAAAUUAAGUCCACUGUUUAUUUCUCACAGCAUUACCAUAAGAAUUUUUAAGACAGAAAAAUGGGGAAUAAUGUAUUUUUUCUUUAUCUUUCAUAAAUACAACUUGGGCAGAACCUACUAUCCUAAAAAGGAAUUGGGGGGGGGGGGGAGGAUUUACAUAAACACAUUUAUAUCAUAGAACUUUGGGAGGGGGUUAAUUUUUAACUUAAAGGUCAUCAAGUACCCAGCUUUCUCAUACUUAUCACCCCUUUGUGAUAAAAGUUCCCUUUGAAGUAUUGAGAAUAUUGCUCCCUGAACUUAGAAUCUGUUCCAUUCUUGAAAAGCUAAAUAGAAUUCUUGAGUCAAAGCAGGGUAUAAAUCUUCUCAAUUGCCCUGCUUGUUAUGUUAGCAAUACAAUGUGAGUUAUUUUGCAAUGGAAUAGCCAGCAUAGAUAGUUACCACUUAGUGGUGUGCUUCUUAGGGUGUUCUCUUACUGUCCUUUCUGGGCUAUAUGUAGAGAUGACUCAAAGUCCAUUUCUUUUCCUUCUAAUUCCCAGGUAACUCACUUUCCCAAUCAAGUAAAACUUCCAGCCGCAUCUGCCAGCGGCUAAUGUACUGCCUCCUCCUCUCUUGGAAGAGCUUCAUAACUCCAGUCCUAGAGUUGUUGCUCUGCCAAAACAAUCUGCAGAAAUAAUCUGAAUGAGCUAAAUCCAAAUUUAAAGUUCUUUGGAGCAGGAGACAGCUUCUUGAUCAGGAUGUACUUGUGUGUUUAAAUGGGCAGCAACUAAAAGGAAUAUAAUUUUGAAAUUUAAAUGUCUUUGAUCCAUAUGUAAAUAUCCACAUGCUUGUGCAUUGUAAACAGGUGUGUAUUCAUAUGUAUGAAAUUACAGAACUGGUUUCUGCUUCAUAAGAAACACAAUACCUUUAAUUUUAUAAAAUUUCUCCCACAACCUUAUAAAUGUAUGUAUAUAGAACACUAAACUUGUAGUGAUAGGAUCAAUUUGGGAAUAUCUGCUGAGAGACCAAAAAGUUCAUUUUUUAAGUACCUUGGUUAAAGAAUAAGAUUAUUCCUCUUGUUUAUUUAAAAAAAAAAAAAGAAAUGCACUUUAACAAGCAAACACAGCUGCAUGACAAUUCAAACAGAUACAUUAAGUGCAGCACCCAUUCAAAAUCUCCCUGAAAACAAUUCUAAAGCAGAGUCGGAGCUGGCUGUUGGUCUUGCUGCCUAGAGAAUGAAGCUCAGACUCUUAUCCUUUGUGAGGCGAGCAGGGCUGCUUUUAAAGAGCAAUGUGAAUACAGCCAGAAGCUACAGACAGGUCUGUAAAAGGGCAGGUCCUGGAUUUACCACUAGCUAACUAGCAAAAUCAACCAGAAAAAGUUUAAAAAUUCAUGCUAGUGAGCACUCCUUACAAUAGCAGAUUUUUGCAAAUGGAGUUUUACAAGUCUAUAUUUAAAAAAUUGUAUGUUUGUAACAAAUAAAGUAUGCGGAAAAGUGAACGACAA